AAAAUUCUAUAUAUAUAUAUAUUAAAAAACCUCUAGGUGGGUGUGUUCUAAGCUGCAUAGUCUAUGCCUUAUCAGAUCGCGCUCCCUCGGCAGCGCGUUAGUGUAGAUCUUCUCCAUUGAUUUACCGAAUACGGAACAACUAAUCACUGAGGAUCAUCAUGCAAAAACGGAGGAAGCCAGAACCGAUCCAGCUCAACCCGAUUCCAGAUGGGAAUGCCGUUAACGGAACCGGUGCCACAGAGACAAACCUGGAGGCUCUGCAAAAAAAGCUGGAAGAGCUUGAGCUGGAUGAGCAACAACGAAAGCGUCUGGAGGCCUUUCUCACGCAGAAGCAGAAGGUAGGAGAGCUGAAGGAUGACGAUUUCGAGAAGAUUUGCGAGUUGGGAGCAGGCAAUGGUGGCGUGGUCUUCAAGGUCUCUCACAGACCCUCUGGACUCAUCAUGGCCAGGAAGCUGAUCCACCUAGAGAUCAAGCCAGCCAUCAGGAACCAGAUCAUCCGAGAGCUGCAGGUGCUGCAUGAGUGUAAUUCCCCAUACAUUGUAGGAUUUUACGGGGCCUUCUACAGUGAUGGAGAGAUCAGCAUCUGUAUGGAGCACAUGGACGGUGGCUCCCUGGACCAAUCUCUGAAGAAAGCAGGCAAGAUUCCGGAGCAAAUACUGGGCAAAGUUAGCAUUGCGGUGAUAAAAGGGUUGUCUUAUCUGAGAGAGAAGCACAAGAUCAUGCAUAGAGAUGUGAAGCCUUCCAACAUCCUGGUGAACUCACGAGGAGAGAUCAAGCUGUGUGACUUUGGCGUGAGUGGGCAGCUUAUCGACUCCAUGGCCAACUCAUUUGUGGGCACAAGGUCCUACAUGUCUCCAGAACGUUUGCAGGGCACACACUACUCAGUUCAGUCUGAUAUCUGGAGCAUGGGGCUUUCACUGGUAGAGAUGGCCAUUGGUCGCUUCCCCAUCCCACCACCUGAUGCUAAGGAGCUGGAGCAAAUUUUUGGCCUUCCCAUGGAGGGUGACCCCUCAUCCAGUGGUGAAGCCUCCCCCAGACCCAGGCCCCCUGGACGGCCCAGCAGCUCACAUGGACCUGACAGCAGACCUCCAAUGGCCAUCUUUGAGCUGCUUGACUACAUUGUUAAUGAGCCACCACCCAAGCUUCCAAGCAUCUUUGGCACGGAAUUUCAAGAUUUCGUUAACAAAUGUUUAAUAAAAAACCCAGCGGAGAGGGCAGAUCUGAAACAAUUGAUGGUUCAUCCCUUUAUUAAGACAUCAGAAGCAGAAGAAGUGGACUUUGCUGGGUGGCUCUGCAGCACCAUAGGCUUAAAUCAGCCCGGGACCCCAACUCACAGUGUGGGGAUAUAAAAGAAAAUUGCUUUACCUAAUCGCACACAGAGGGGGGUUUUGAUUUGGGCUGAUUUACUUCAGUAGUCAGUCACUGCUUAUUGUAACUUUUUUUGUGAUGUCAUAAAUAUUGAACUGAGCUUAACGAAUCAUAUCAAGACCCCCAAUCUGGAUUUGAUGGCAAAAGUUGAAAAACAAAACUAAACAAAAUACUGAAUGUGGUCUCAAAAAUCAUAUACUCAGAAUGUUUCCCUCAAAAGUAAUGUCAUUCCCAAAUGCUGAACUGCAGGUUAGAUCAUAACUGAGAAUAUUUAACAGUAUAUACAAAUAUACCCUUUUAUAUUAAUGUUUAUUGUUUAAGGGCAUAUAAAUGAUUUCUUCAUUCGAGAAUAUUUUUAUAUUGCAUAACAGCUAAAGUAUUGUCCCAGGGUAUUAGAAUUACUAGUGUUUCACCAAGUCAUUUUAAAUUAUUUUGAGUGCAAAAACAUGGCCUCUUUCACACAUUAGGUUAAGAUGAACACUUCAGUUAGCUUUGAUUCAUUACUGCAGUUAAACUUAUUGGCAAAUGAAUCUUGUUAAAAUGGGUCAGUAAAAAAUCGGAAUGUCAAAUAACUUUAUUAUUAUUAGUUGUAGUAGUAGUAUUAAUGUUGUUAUUGUUUCUAGUUAUAUUUUUGCUUGAUGGGAAAAAAACACCUGAUUAAACAAAUAGUUGUGGCCAAUUUUUCUAACAGCCAGACUUUUUAAAACCGGGUUCUAAAAUAAAACUGUAACUAUGUACUAUUCAGACUUUGUCUUAAAAGCCUUACUGAAAGAACCAAAGUUCUGGUCAGUUAUCCUCAUGACCAGGCACUUUACCUGGGAGACUCUUAAGAUCAAAAACAACAUGUAUAACUCCACCUGAAAAGGGUAUUAUAAUGGGUUUAUAUAGAAUGGUACUCGGAUUAAAUGUGUGAUCAAACAGAAUUGUACAUUUUUAAAAUCAUAACGUCUGUAUAAAUCUAAUUUGAGGAAUAUUAUGAACGAGCUUAAUUAUUCACAAAAUUCAGUGCACAUGCUACAAAUUAGAUAUGUGAUAACUGGAAAUUUGUUUCUACCAAACAUGUCUACUUAGCCAACUCAGCUAAUUAAUCAGUUCAUUAAUUUGAACAGAUCUUGGGUGUCCUGGUAUAUUUUCACUGGCUGCUAUUAUUCAGCUUGAUAUUAAAAUAUCACUCAUGUUCAACUUCUUCCAGUUUACAGUGGAUACAAGAUCUGUACAGAUUUUCAUCGAGUCUACAGUUGAAACAGCUUAUUUCAUCAACAUGCAAUUUAGCAUUCAUUAACAGAUCCUUGAUUAUCAAGAUCUAUGGCUGAACGAUAAAGCAUUCAUCUUCAUUAAGCACUUUGUUCUGGUCAGGGCUGCAGUGGAUUUUUGGAAACUCUGGGCAUUAUAAACAAAAAAAAGUGUUUAAACUGCUUUAAAAUAUUUAUAACAAGUGUCAACAGCAUUAAUGCUUUAAGAUUUAAUUUCACCCAUAAAGGACUAAUGGUUGCUUCAUGCUUAUUACAAAGUUUACAUUUUAAAAUAACUUAAUGUACUUGAUGAAAUGUUUUUCUUCUGUGUAAUAUUUUGUUCAAACUUCUGAAUUUCUUUAUUGAAAGUUUGUCUAGAACCAGUGUCAGUUGUGGAAAUUUCUGCAACUGUAAUAAAUGCAGACUGUUUGAA